UUUCUCUCCCCUUGUAGUGUCCAGUGACAGAUACCCAGUGCCCUAUGCCCCUACAGUAUUGAGCAGAGUCCCGGACCCCCAUGGCUCCCCCUGCAGAGGGAACACCCCUGGCCCGCUGCCUCGUCCUGGUCCACAGCCUUCUGCUGCUGUUCCCCAGAGGAGUGCCCUGCCGGGGGGCCACACGGGCCCCUGAGUCCCCCUGCCACAAAGCGGAACACCCACUCAUCUCACACACAGAAAUCGAGCCGUGGAUCCACCGGUUCAAAGCUGAGGGCACGGUCGAUUAUUCACAGCUGACCUUUGACCCCGGGCAGAACGAACUGAUCGUAGGCGCCAGAAAUCAUCUCUUCAGGCUACAUUUAGAGGAUCUUUCGUUGAUCCAGGAGGCAGAAUGGCAUUGUGAUGAGUUUACCAAAGGAGCGUGUUUCAGUCGGGGGAAAUCAGAGGAGGAGUGCCAGAAUUACAUCCGCGUCCUACUGGUCAAUGGAGACAGGCUGUUUACCUGCGGCACAAAUGCAUUCACUCCCAUUUGCACCAAUCGCACGCUGACCAACCUGACCGAGAUUCACGAUCAGAUCAGUGGAAUGGCCCGUUGCCCCUAUAACCCCCUGCAUAAUUCAACCGCCCUCAUCACAUCCAGUGGGGAGUUAUAUGCCGCCACAGCUAUGGACUUUUCCGGCAGAGACCCAGCUAUCUACCGAAGCCUUGGAGGACUCCCUCCUUUGCGCACCGCCCAGUACAACUCCAAAUGGCUCAAUGAACCCAACUUCGUUUCUUCCUAUGACAUCGGGAACUUCACCUACUUCUUCUUUCGCGAGAACGCGGUGGAGCAUGACUGCGGCAGGACGGUGUUCUCCCGAGCCGCCCGUGUCUGCAAGAACGACAUUGGGGGACGUUUUCUUCUGGAGGACACGUGGACCACCUUUAUGAAGGCCAGGCUGAAUUGCUCACGGCCGGGCGAGAUUCCCUUCAACUACAAUGAGCUGCAGGGAACUUUUUUCCUGCCGGAGCUGGAGCUGCUGUAUGGAAUCUUCACCACUAAUGUGAACAGCAUUGCUGCAUCGGCAGUGUGCGCCUUCAAUCUGAGCGCUGUUACCCAAGUGUUCAGCGGCCCUUUUAAGUACCAGGAGAACUCGCGCUCCGCAUGGCUGCCCUAUCCCAAUCCCAACCCUGACUUUCAGUGUGGCACUAUAGAUUACGGCUCCUAUGUGAAUCUAACAGAGAGAAACCUUCAGGACGCUCAGAAGUUUAUUUUGAUGCAUGAGGUGGUACAGCCCAUCGUUCCUGUGCCGUAUUUCAUGGAGGACAACGUACGCUUCUCCCAUGUAGCUGUGGAUGUAGUGCAGGGGAAAGACAUGCUCUACCACAUCAUUUAUCUGGCCACAGAUUAUGGCACCAUUAAGAAGGUGCUGUCUCCACUGAACCAGACCAUGGGCAGCUGUUUGCUGGAUGAGAUCGAGCUCUCAACCUCCAAGAAGAGGCAGCCGAUUCGCAGUCUGCUCAUUCUUCACAGUCGCAGUGAGCUGUUUGUGGGAGUCAGGGACCAAGUCAUCAAAAUCCCCCUCAUGCGUUGCAACUUCCAUAAGUCUAGAGAUGCCUGUGUGGGGGCCAGAGAUCCGUACUGCGGCUGGGAUCUGAUGCUUAAAAAAUGCACCACCCUGGAAGAGAGCGUCAGCAUGAGCCAAUGGGAGCAGAGCAUCACAAAGUGUCCUGUGAGAAACGUGACUGUGGAUGGACACUUUGGCAGCUGGUCGGGAUGGAAAACUUGUAGUCAUAGCGAUGGAAGCAGCGUCGGCUCGUGCCAGUGUCGGACCCGAGCAUGUGACAGUCCGAGCCCUCAGUGUGGAGGACAACCUUGCCAGGGAAUUAGUGUCGAGGUGGCAAACUGCUCCAGGAACGGUGCCUGGACGCCGUGGACGGCCUGGGCUCCUUGCAGCACCAGCUGUGGAAUCGGAUUCCAGGUCCGACAACGUUCCUGCAGCAACCCCACGCCCCGACACGGAGGACGAGUUUGUGUGGGGCAGAACCGUGAGGAGAGAUACUGCAACGAGCACCUGCCCUGUCCCCCGCAUGUCUAUUGGUCAGCAUGGUCUCCAUGGGAACGCUGCACGGUUCCAUGUGGUGGUGGGAUCCAGUCUCGACGCCGAACGUGUGAGAAUGGAAACGAGUGUCCUGGAUGCAGUGCAGAAUUCCAAUCCUGUAAUACCCUCCCUUGCCCGGAUCUAAAGAAGACUACUCCCUGGACACCGUGGACACCAGUGAAUAUCUCGGACAAUGGCGGCCACUACGAGCAGAGGUUUAGAUACACCUGUAAGGCGCGUGUACCCGAGCCCAGUCUGCUGGAGGUGGGGAGGCAACGUAUCGAGAUGCGCUACUGCUCCAGUGACGGCUCCACCGGCUGCUCUACUGACGGAGAUUUGCUGCGCUCCGGCCGUAUCACCGGAAUGACAGUAAAUGGAGGUUGGUCCGCCUGGGGGCCCUGGAGCCAGUGCAGCCGGGACUGCAGUUCAGGAGUACGAAACCGAAAACGCACCUGCUCGAACCCCAAACCCAAAUACGGAGGUAUUACCUGCCUCGGGCCCGCCCAGGAGUUUCAAGAGUGUAACUCUACCCCAUGUCCAGUGGACGGAAGCUGGUCAUGCUGGUCACCUUGGUCCAAAUGCUCGGUGACAUGCGGCGGAGGCCACUACAUGCGCACACGCAGCUGUAACAACCCUCCACCUGCCUACGGUGGUGAUAUCUGCCUGGGUUUGCAUACUGAAGAGGCCCUCUGUAACAUCCAACCCUGCCCUGAGAGCUGGUCUGAUUGGUCCGAAUGGUCUCCCUGCGACUCAUCAGGUUCCCAAGUUCGACUGCGGCACUGUGAAGUCUUGUUUCCCACCGGAAACCAGUGCUCGGGCAACAGCAGUGAAACCCGCGCCUGUCUGCCCAUCUCAAACUUCAUCCCAGAAACUUCUGUUGCACGCUCAAGUCAAGAAGAAAGAUGGUGCGGAGACUUCAAUGUGUUUCACAUGAUUGCCGUAGGCCUGAGCAGCUCUAUACUGGGCUGUCUGGUGACCUUGCUGGUGUACACUUAUUGUCAGAGAUACCAGCAGCAAUCCCAUGAUGCCACAGUCAUCCACCCUAUCUCUGCUGCCCCACUUAACACCAGCAUCACCAAUCACAUCAACAAACUGGACAAGUAUGAUUCGGUUGAAGCCAUUAAGGCUUUCAAUAAGAAUAACUUGAUGCUGGAGGAAAGAAAUAAAUAUUUCAACCCUCAGCUAGCAGGAAAAACAUACACCAAUGCCUACUUCACUGACGUUAAUACCUAUGACGACUUUUAAAAUGGAUUUAUGUUUCCAGUCAUCUUCACUUUGGAGGACUUCAAGCACCUAUUGAUUUUUGGCCUUUUUUGCUUUGUGGUUCGCCUAGAAAAAAAAAAAAUAUGUGGAACAAUUUACUGUCAAAUACUAAUAGAGCUGUACAGAACCGUUUUUACCGUUAACAAAGACAUCAUGCUCACGAGAUGUGUGGAGAUCGCUAAUGAACAUGAACUUGCCCAUGGUGGACAAUAAAAGCAGGCUUCAUUGAGAUGUGAAAUCCAAAAAAAGAAAAACUCUGUGAAAGACCUACCGUUAAAGAGAUGGCACAUGGACGCUUUGCAUGAUUUUCAUCGUGUUUUCCUUUAUUGUUGCUUCAUUUAUUUGCAUGGUUAUUGCAUUCCAGUGUUGUUUGUGGGCGGGGCCUUUAUCUAUAUGGGUGGAGCCUUUCUUGGACUGAUUUGUCUCCUGUGCCUAUAAAAGGACCUAUUGUGGUCGCCGGUGCGUAUUUGCCUGGCCUAAAAAGAAACUCACAACACAUACAAUCGAUGUAGAUACGAAGGUCUCUGAAAAUGUGUUCAUGUAUCUUAAAAUUUGGGGCCCUUGUCAAGUCAAGCUCUUAACAAUGGUUGGAAUCUCUGUGAUUUUGUUGUACAAUACACUUUUCAUGAAGCAUAUGUCAGUGUAGCUUUUAUAGACGAGCCUAUUCUAAAAACAUAACCCUAUUCAGCCACCUGCAGAAGAAUACUAUUAAGAAAACUCUUAUUAACAACAUUUGUCUUUGUGGUGUAAAGUCUGCAAAAAAGAGAGAGAAUGUGAACCCCAAUGGGACCUUUUUUGUAUUCCGUUGAUUAUUUGAAUAAUAUCAGCAUAUUUCUAUAUUUGUUUAGUUUAGUUGUUCACGAGGAGAUUCGUAUUAAUGAACACGAACUGUGCAUCUGAAUGAAUUACUUAUUCAUUUAACCAUCCGUUCAUUAUGGACAGGUGUGUUUAGUGCUCAUUUCAAUUUCUACUAAUUCUUUUCUACUUGUAAAACUUUUUUUGCUUGUUUAAAUGUGCAUAAAUUAAAAUUGCUUCAUAUA